CGCUCGGCCUCUCGGGCCGCCCCGCCCCGGCCUAGGGCCCGCCCCGGCCACAGUCCAGCCGAAACAUGGAGCAGCAUCUCGACUUCCGCGGACGGCGGGCCCUGGUGACUGGGGCCGGCAAAGGGAUCGGUCGCGCCGUGGCCGUGGCGCUGAGCAGGGCCGGGGCCCGCGUGACCGCGCUGAGCCGAACGGCGGCGGACCUGGAGCGCCUGACGCGGGAGUGCCCGGGCAUCGAGACCCUCUGCGUGGAGCUGGCGGACUGGGAGGCUGUGGAGGCAGCGGUGGGAGCUGCGGGGCCGUUUGAGCUGCUGGUUAACAACGCGGCCGUGGCGGAGCUGCAGCCCUUCCUGGAGGUGACGCGCUCGGCCCUGCAGCGGUCUCUUGAUGUGAAUUUUGGAGCUGUGCUUCAUGUUUCCCAGGAUUCUGGCCUUCCUCUUUUUUUUUUUUUUUUUUUCUCUCCUUCCCCCUCCCAGAUAGUUGCUCGGCAGAUGAUUGCACAGGGGGUGCCAGGGGCUAUCGUGAAUGUCUCCAGCCAGGCAUCGAAGCGUGCGCUGAGGGAUCACGCUGUUUAUUGUUCCACAAAAAGUGCUUUGGAUAUGCUGAGCAAAGUAAUGGCAAUGGAACUGGGACCCCACAAGAUUAGGGUGAACACUGUGAACCCCACCGUGGUUAUGACUGACAUGGGGAGAAUUAACUGGAGUGACCCUCAGAAAUCUGCUGCCAUGAUUAAUCGGAUUCCCCUGGGAAAGUUUGCAGGUCAGUGAUGUAGAGGUGGAUGAUGUGGUGAACAGCAUUCUCUUCCUGCUGAGUGACAAGAGUGCUAUGACAACUGGCAGCUCACUGAUGAUUGAUGGGGGCUUCCUUGUCUCCUGAGAUGACACCUGCAUUUCACACCUGUCCUCAAUUUUCAUAUGAAUACCGCCUAGAUGUAAAUUGGAUAGAAAACAAUGACAGACUUCCUGCUGGAGGGGCAGCAGGGCUGAAGACUGUAUUAGAAGUGAGGCAGAAAAAUCAGCUUUGCAAGGCUGCUAUAUAAUAAAGCUCACAUACACCUUCA